AUGGCCAGCAAAUACAGAACAGAGCUUGGUUUCCAGUCUAGAAACACUCCCAACAUGUACGAAGAGCUACAGAGAGACUACGAGGCUAGGAAGCAUCGCCCAGGCCAGCCCCGUGAUGUCAACUUGACUAAUGAGAAUUUCCUUCUAGAAGCCCCCGGGCGUAUACCCGGCCCCACGGGGUUCGUGCAGUAA